GCUUGCUCAGUGUGACAGAAAUCUACGGGUCACACAUUUCGUUAUAACACCUGUCCAACCGGCCGGUUCCGGUGUAGCAAAAGUAGCUACGUUGUUGUAACGAUUGCACACUUUUAACAUGGGGCUUUAAGGACAACGGUCGGCGCGAAAUGGAUAGUAAAGAUAAUCAUUCAAAAGGAGUGAGUAAAGAGGAGUGGUUUUUCUUGAAGGCUAAAGCCGCCCUGGCAGUGGCUAUAAUAAAGAACAGACCCUCGGGUGUGAGUAGCAGAGAGUACGCCGAGGCUUUGGCCUGCAAGCUGAGGAGUCAGGAUGGAAGCUGGAGGGUAAAAGCCCAGGGGCUGGAGCAGGAGGUGCUGAAGCUGCGGCAGGAAUUACUGAUCACCAGAGUGACAAACACAAAGAGCACAACAGAGGCAGCAGGCCAAGACAACACGAUGUACAUCGCCUCGCAGGAUCUGUUUGGUCCAGGAAGCGAGGUUUACAGCGCCGAGCCUCAACCAGCCAGUGACUCAGAGACACCCGAACUCCUGCAGCUGGAGCCCCAGCCUGCGGCCGCGUUCCCUCCACCCCCAGUUCCCCUCAUUCAUUACGGGACGGCGGUGCUCUCUUACGAGCAGUUCCUGCAGUCCCUGUGCGCCCUGCACCGAGUGGAAGAAAACAACCAAGGCCUAGAGUCACUGUGGUUUAGCCCAGAUGGCGGUGCAGGGUCGGUGUUGGUGGACUCCGUGUGCCAGCUAUUGGACUCGGUGGUGGCGGCAUGCAGGGACCCCCUGCCGCUGGGACCGCGCGACCAGAUCCUGACGGCCUGUCAGGUGGCUGCCCGAGCAAUGGACCUCUUCUGCUCCCAGCGGCUGCCGUCAGUGGAGUUCACGAGAUGCGUGGAGGAGUCGCUGAGCGAGCUGACCUGGCUGCUGCUGCACAGCAACCAGCUCAGCAAGCUCCAGCCUGCAGAUAAGCUGAUGGAGUACCUGAUCACGCUGGGGAGCUGCAGCAUGUCACAGUCCUUUCUCAUCCGUCACAUCCUGGCUCAGAUCAGCGCGCUGGCCGACCAGCUCUGGCAGGCCUUCCAGGGCCAGGAAAGCCUGGGGCUGAGCCAGUUUCCCGUGGACCAGUAUCAUAACUCCUGCUAUCUGUUCUGGAUCCUGGAGGAGCUUCUGCAGAAAUCAAAGGUACCGUGCACGGUGGAUUUGGGGUCGGAUCAGACGGGCUUCAUGAAGCACUUGGAACAGCGCGUCUUUCAGUUGUCGGAGGAGUUCCCGUUGUUUUUCAUCUGCAUGUGGAGGUUAGGAGCUCUCUUCACCCCCUCGGACAGAUGAGAUCCCCCGAGAGCAGGGCUCAGGUGGGCUGCAUUCAGAGGGUUUCUUUCCCCUUCCUCCAUAUGACUGAACAGUUUGAAACAACAGACUUAAUGCCGCUUACCUGCGUCUAGAGAAACCUGCAUGUUAUUCUGUACAACAGCUCAGAUACUGAGCACUUAAACUGAGAGGACAUCACACUUAUUAUACCUAUUGUUACAUCAUACACCUAUAUUUCAUGUGAAGCCAAGAACUAUCAGGCCACAAAAACUGACACCUCUUUGGUGGAUAUCAAGGUUUUUUCCCCUGUGCUUUCAAAGGAUUAUUGUCAACGGAGAGGUAGUUAAAUAACAAUACAGAUUAGUAUGUACUUCCUGAGGGUUUAAAGAUGUUUCUCCAAACAAAUGUGGGGAACUGUUUGCACUCGGGGCUCAUUUUGUUUUAAGUUGCUCCAGUGGUGUACGAUGCAUAACUGCACAACUAAAAGUAGGAGUAGGAAGUAGGAAUCAUUUCAUUUUUUAAUAGUUUGUGUGUUCUAAUGUAUCUGUAAUUGAGUAAUAAUAAAUGUUUUUUUAGUUGCCAAAAAAGGUUAAACAAAUUUGUAUCCCUUCAACGUGGAUUUGUUUGACAUUGAAGUAAAUUUUUUUUAUUCAGUAAUAACAAAAAAACAAUCACUGCAAGCCAAACGAUGACUCAUAAUUCUUGUUAAGUGAUACUAGUACUAAUCCUCUUUAAAUGGCUUUCUGUAAUGAUCAGUGCUUACAACGGCCUUAUGUAAAGGACUUGUGUUUC